AUGGUCAAUCCUAUUGCUGGAAGAAUACAGGAAUGGUCGUCAAGUAGUGGAAUGGACGAUGUUGUCGUCAAGCUGGCAAUAUGUUUGUUUACCUCUUUCCCUUUAAACGCUCUCAUGAAGCGGUUACCUGACAAAAGGGUGAACCUGAAAUGUUGGUACAUUGUGGCUGUUUCCGCAUUUUAUUUGUUUGGAGUGCUUAACAUCCUCAACGGAUUUUUUACGUUGUUCAUCAGCACAAUGUUUACGUACUGCAUUACACGGUUUUACCGCUCAAGAUUCAUGCCUUAUUUGAAUUUUGUGGUUGUGAUGGGACAUCUCGCUUUGAAUCAUAUCGACGCCCAAUUUUUAAACAGUCGAGAACCUUCUGAGUUGGACAUCACCGGUGCUCAAAUGGUGCUCGUCAUGAAGCUUACUUCUUUCGCUUGGUCUUACUAUGAUGGCUCUCUCACAGAUUACUCGAAUCUUACACCGUACCAGAAAGCUAAAGCAGUCAAGAAGCACCCCAGUUUGCUGCAUUUCUUGGCUUAUGCAUUUUUCUACCCAUCUCUUUUUACCGGACCUAGUUUCGAUUAUGCUGACUUCGAGUCGUGGUUGAAUUGUGAAGUAUUCCGUGAUCUUCCUGACGCCCACAAACCCAAACACAGAUGGACUUCUAAAGAUCCCAAUCAUCGUCGCCAAAUUCCCAAGUGUGGUAUGUUUGUGCUGUGGCGUGUGUUUCAAGGACUCUUUUGGAUUAGUUUAUCCUUUGCUGCUCCUAAGUAUGUUUCCCUUGAUAAUGUUUUCUCAACUAAGUUUAUGCAAAAGAGCUUUCUUUACAGAAUACAUUACCUUUUCGCAUUGAGCUUUACGUUCCGUCUCAAGUAUUAUGCUGCAUGGACCAUUUCAGAAGCUUCUUGUAUUCUGUGUGGUCUGGGGUACAAUGGAUAUGACGCUAAGACAGGUCAAAUCAAAUGGGAUCGUGUGCGGAAUAUUGACAUUUGGAGAUUUGAAAUGGCAUCCAACACACACGAAGGUCUUGAGGCUUGGAAUAUGAAUACCAACAAAUGGCUGAAGUACUAUGUCUAUUUGAGAGUCGCCAAGCCAGGUAGCAAGCCUGGUUUCCGCAGCACUUUGUUCACCUUUUUGACGUCUGCUUUCUGGCAUGGAACUAGACCUGGAUACUAUCUGGUAUUCGCGACUGGUGCACUCUACCAGACAUGUGGAAAAAUAUUUAGGCGUAACUUGAGACCGCUGUUCCUUGCCGCCGAUGGUUCUUCUCUACCCUCUAAGGUAAUCUACGAUAUUAUCUGCUUUUAUGUCACAAAGAUCUCUUUCGGAUACUUGGUUCAACCUUUUGUCAUUCUUGAACUUCCUAAGUCCAUUUAUUGUUGGGGUACAGUUUAUUUCUGUAUUCACCUGGGAAUUGCAGCAACUUUUUUCGCAUUCAAGGGCCCAUUCUCGAAACAAUUGGUUGGAUUUUUGAAAGCACACCACCCUGUCAAUAUUGCAGCUCGCGCAGAGAAAGAAGCAAUUGAAUCAGCUGGCUCGUUAAGUGAUAUAUUGAAAGCCAAGCAAGAUUAUGAGCAAGAAGAAGCAGCGAAGGGAAUGCAUCUUGGUAUUCCAGAGGCAGAUUUUGACAAGGCUACACUAGACGAGGCAAUGCGUGAUUUUGGAAACUUCCGUAAAGCCUAUGAGGAAUGGAGAGCUGACAAGGGAUUGGAGAUAGAGGAGGAGAAUUUACAAAAGGCAUAUGAGAAUUUCAGAAAUGAGCUUGCAUCAGGUGUAUCAUCAAGAAGAGCAAGCUUUAGCGAAUAUUCACCCAAACCAAUCAAGAAGAAUCAAUGA